UUUCAUAAAAACGAUGGAAACAGACGCGUUUUAGGCUGAACGCGUCGCCUCAGUCAAGCAAGCUAGACAGCGGCAGAAAAAAAAACGGAAUAAAAAAAAAUGUGCUCCGUUACGAUUCGCGCGAAAAUAAUUUGACAUUUUCCUUUUAGUUUUUCGUGUGUCGCGUGAAAAUUUUUGUGGAAAAAUGGAGACGUGUUCCGUGUUUUGUGUUUAAGUGGUGUCUGUGUGUGAUUCUAUGGUGAAAAUAAUUGUCGUGACUCAGAAUUAAUGGUUACACGUUUAAGGGAUCGUGGAUCGACCAUUUAAUGGUGGUGUGGAUAUCGUCAAGGGCUGACGAUGAGGCAGGAUGUGGUCAGAGUGGUGGUGUGUCGUGCUAACGCUGAAUACUGUGGCGGCUCUCUCUCCGGUGGUUAAAAUAGGCGCGGUGUUCACAGAAGACGCAAGAGGUGGUAGCACGGAGCUGGCGUUCAAAUACGCUGUCUACAGGAUCAAUAAAGAGAGGACUCUGCUGCCGAACAGCACCCUGGUGUACGAUAUACAGUAUACUCCCUCGCGGGACAGCUUCAAGACUUUUAAGAAAGCGUGUGCUCAAAUCCAGUCGGGUGCGGUGGCCAUAUUCAGUGGCGUGGGUCCACUGCUGGGCAACACUCUGGACCACAUGAGCACCAGCCUCCAUGCCCCACACCUAACUGUUGGACCUUUUACUCCUGAGAAUUUGAACCACACUUUCACAAUAAACCUGUACCCGCCAAGGGACCUCCUCACGAAGGCCUUCGCUGAGUUCCUCUCAUACCUGAACUGGACGAGGAUGGGAGUCAUCUAUGAAGACUAUGGAUAUGGCGAACUAAACAUCCUGAAUAUAGCGAAAGAUGGGAGGGACAUGUAUACAGUGAGGUGUCGGGACGCCAAGGAGUAUAGACGUGGGCUGGCGUUGCUGAAGGCGCAGCAGAUUGACCAUAUCGUGGUGGAUACUGACCCUAAGAGAGUGAGGCAGCUGGCUAGAGCUAUUCUUCAACUGCAAAUGAACAAUGAAAACUAUCAUUACGUCUUUACUUCGUUCGACUUCGAAUUAUUCGACAUGGAAGACUUCUACUACAACCGAGUGAACAUGAGCGGCUGGCGCCUGGUGGACCGGGACUCCGAUAAAGUGAAGGAAUCUCUCCAGGUCAUGGAGAAGUUCCAUCCUAUUGGAGCCUCCAUCAUCAGCGGGGGGCAUAUUAAGACGGAACCAGCUCUCCUGUACGACGCUGUUCAGAUCCUGUGCCAAGCUCUCGCCCUCACUGAAGACUUCCACCCAGGAAACGUUUCCUGCGACAAAGAUAUACCUUGGAACCAUGGGAAAACUAUUUAUGAUAAUAUUAAUAAUAUCCAAGCGCACGGCCUCACAGGACCAAUAGAAUUCAAGAAUGGAGUGCGAACGAAUUUCCACCUUCAGCUCAUGAGGCUCACUGGAGGGGAGAAAGGGGGUAUGGUGGUCUCUGGACACUGGACCCCGGGGGAAGGGUUGGCUAUAACAGACCCCGCUGCAUAUACCAGAGACCCCCCUCCUAAUGUGACUCUUACUGUGGUGACUGUUGAAGAAAAGCCCUACGUGAUGGUGAAAGAAGGCUGGAACUUGCAAGGGAACGCUCGCUUCGAAGGUUUCUGCAUAGACCUUCUAGCCAGGGUGGCUGCGAGGGCUGGUUUCCAUUACCGCCUCCGACUGGUUCCUGAUAACAUGUACGGAGCCAGGGACCCUGAUACUGGACAUUGGAAUGGAAUCGUUAGGGAGCUGAUGGAUAGGAAAGCAGAUAUAGCGGUGGCGUCUAUGACAAUAAACUACGCGCGGGAGGCAGUCAUAGACUUCACGAAACCUUUCAUGAACCUCGGGAUCGGAAUAUUGUUUAAGGUCCCGACCUCCCAGCCGACUCGCCUCUUCAGCUUCCUGAACCCGCUCGCGAUAGAGAUCUGGUUGUACGUCCUCGCUGCCUACAUCCUCGUGUCUUUCACGCUGUUUGUCAUGGCGCGGUUCUCGCCUUAUGAGUGGUCUACCAGCACCCACGUGUGUGGCCACGAGACGAAACUCCUGACGAACCAGUUCAACGUGUGCAACUCCUUCUGGUUCAUCACAGGCACCUUCCUGAGGCAAGGGUCUGGGCUGAACCCUAAGGCGACAUCCACCCGUAUAGUGGGGGGUAUCUGGUGGUUCUUCACGCUGAUCAUCCUGUCGUCGUACACGGCGAACCUGGCCGCCUUCCUCACGGUGGAGCGGACCGUGCUGCCCAUACAGAGUGCCGCCGACCUCGCCGCGCAGACCAGCAUACAGUAUGGCACCCUCAAUGGGGGGUCUACCAUGUCGUUCUUCAGGGACUCCAACAUAGACAUAUACCAGAAGAUGUGGCUCCACAUGUCCAGUGCCUCUCCUCCGGCGCUGGUGUCCUCCUACGAGGAGGGAGUGAGGAGGGUCCUGGCAGGGAACUAUGCAUUCCUUAUGGAGUCCACUAUGUUAGACCAUAGGGUCCAGAGGGACUGUAAUCUGACGCAAAUUGGGGGAUUGUUGGAUUCACCCGAAAGGGGUUACGGCAUAGCAACAUGGAAAGGCAGUCCAUGGAGAGACAAGAUCUCGCUAGCGAUACUAGAACUACAAGAGAAGGGGGUGAUCCAAAUAUUGUAUGACAAAUGGUGGAAGAACACAGGGGAUGUUUGCAACAGAGAUGGAAAAGACAGCAAGGCUAAUCCCCUUGGUGUACAGAAUAUUGGUGGAGUAUUCGUGACACUACUGUGUGGGCUGGCCCUGGCGAUAGUGGUGGCCAUCCUGGAGUUCUGCUGGAACACCAAGAAGAACGCCAGCCAGGGGAGACAGUCGCUGUGCAGCGAGAUGGGGCAGGAGCUACGGACAGCGAUGCGAGGAGGUUCCUCCAGUAGAACAGUGCUGAGGCCUGGGUGCUCCAGGUGCUCGCCAGCCACACACGUGCCUCCAUCUUCUUCUAGAUACCAGUCCCGCAGCAGCAGCGUGGAGCUGAAGGAGCUGCGCUGGUCGUAGCGGCGCGGCGGGCGCGGGCCUGCCUCCGCGCCCGCCUCCCCCGCGCGACCCCCGCCGCCGCACCCCCUACAUUGUAAUUCGGUCGGUUCUCUAAGAAGAACGACAUCCUACGUUUUAAAGGAGCCUCGCGAGAAGAAACAUGUUCAAAUUAUCGCAUAACCUAACAAAUAGGUUUACAGAAUCACGCGACGUCCUGCGCGAGCGAUCUAGACGCGAAGGCUCCUGAUCCGGAGCUGCGGACUACCUAAUGGGUUUACCGGGGCUCCGGCUCGAAAAGCAGGAGUAGGAACGGGGUGGUUUUUAGUCAGUAAGAGUCUGACACUCCCUCUCGCCUCGCCCAAGGUGGGAGAAGCCAUUGGAUGAUUUUCCCCCUCAAAAAAAAAACCGCUUCGCGUUCGCUUCUAGAUCGCUCGCUCGCGCGCGUCGCGUAAGUGUGUAAACUAAAAAAAGGCCUACAAAUGUAAAAUGUAAACAACUGUAAACGUAAACUAAAAUAAAUGUAAAACUAAAACUAAAAAAGUGUUAAAUUGUGAGAUUGUGUGUGACUUUUUUAAAAAAAAGGUGUUUUUAUUUUUAUUUAAU